AUGGAGAUGGAGAAGGAGUUCGAGCAGAUCGACAGAGCUGGGAGCUGGGCGGCCAUUUACCAGGAUAUCCGACAUGAAGCCAGUGACUUCCCAUGCAGAGUGGCCAAGCUUCCUAAGAACAAAAAUCGAAACAGGUACAGAGACGUCAGUCCCUUUGACCACAGUCGGAUUAAACUUCAUCAAGAAGAUAACGACUAUAUCAAUGCUAGUUUGAUAAAGAUGGAAGAAGCCCAAAGGAGUUACAUUCUCACCCAGGGCCCGUUACCCAACACCUGCGGUCACUUCUGGGAGAUGGUGUGGGAGCAGAAGAGCAGGGGUGUCGUCAUGCUCAACAGAGUGAUGGAGAAAGGAUCGUUAAAAUGUGCACAGUACUGGCCCCAGAAAGAAGAGAGAGAAAUGGUCUUUGAAGACACAAAUUUGAAAUUGACAUUGAUCUCCGAAGACAUUAAGUCCUAUUACACAGUACGACAGCUGGAAUUGGAAAACCUCACGUCUCGAGAAACCCGGGAGAUCUUGCAUUUCCACUACACCACGUGGCCUGACUUCGGAGUCCCGGAAUCGCCCGCCUCGUUUCUGAACUUUCUCUUCAAAGUCCGCGAGUCGGGCUCACUCAGCCGUGAGCACGGCCCAGUCGUGGUUCACUGCAGCGCCGGCAUCGGCAGGUCGGGCACCUUCUGCCUGGCUGACACCUGCCUCUUGCUGAUGGACAAAAGGAAAGACCCUUCUUCUGUUGAUAUCAAGAAAGUUCUGUUAGAAAUGCGGAAAUUUCGGAUGGGACUGAUCCAGACCGCAGACCAGCUCCGCUUUUCCUACCUGGCUGUGAUCGAGGGCGCCAAGUUCAUCAUGGGAGACUCUUCAGUGCAGGAGCAAUGGAAAGAGCUCUCCCACGAGGAUCUGGAGCCCCCACCGGAGCACGUCCCCCCACCGCCCCGGCCCCCCAAGCGAGUCCUGGAGCCACACAACGGGAAGUGCAAGGAGUUCUUCCCGAACCAUCAGUGGGGCAAGGAUGACAUCGAGGAGGAGGGUAGAGAAGACGGCCCCAUCAAGGACGCAACCAGAACCCCUUUAAACGCCCCCUGCAGCCUGGAAAGCGCGAGUCAAGACACUGAAGUCCGAAGGCGGGUCGUGGGCGCAGACCCUGCGCAGGGGGAGCCGUCACCGCCGGCAGAGGAGCGAGACCAGCCGCUGAGCCACUGGAAGCCCCUCCUGGUCAACGUGUGUGUGGCCACAGUCCUCACGGCCGGCGCGUACCUCUGCUACAGGGUCUGUUUCCACUGA